AUGAUAACUUUAGUAUUGAGCAUUCUUUCCAUUCUAUCAGUGACAGAAUUUGUUCUGGGAAAUUUCGCGAAUGGCUUCAUAGCACUAGUGAACUGCAAUGACUGGGUCAGGAGACAAAAGAUCUCCUCAGCUGAUGGGCUUCUCACUGCUCUGGCAGUCUGCAGAAUUUUUUUGCUCUGGACAAUAUUAAUAAAUUGGUAUGCAACUAUGUAUAAUCCAGCUUUAUAUAGUUUAAGAAUUAUUAUCCAUGUUGCCUGGACAGUAAGCAACCAUUUUAGUAACUGGCUUGCUACUAGCCUCAGUAUAUUUUAUUUGCUCAAGAUAGCUAAUUUCUCCAGCCUAAUUUUUUUUCACCUGAAGUGGAGAGUUAAAAGUGUAGUUCUCAUGAUGAUGUUGGGGGCUUCAGUGAUUUUGCUUUUUGAAGUUGCAGUGUCAAGUAUAGAUGAGACUAUUCAGACAAGUGAAUAUGAGAGAAACAUCACUGAGAAGACCAAAUUAAGGGACAUUUUACACCUUUCAAAUAUGACCCUGCUCACACUAACAAACUUCAUACCCUUCACUGUGUCCCUGACAUCUUUUCUGCUGCUAAUCUUUUCCCUGUGGAAACAUCUCAGGAAGAUGAAGCUCAACCACAAAGGGUCCCAAGAUCCCAGCACCAAGGUCCACAUAAAAGCCAUGCAAACUGUCAUCUCCUUUCUUUUCCUGUUUGCCAUUUUCACUCUGACUGUAAUUUUAACAAUUUGGAAUUCUAAUGAGCUGCAGAAGGAACUGGUCCGAAUGCUUUUCCAGGCUUUUGCAAUCACCUAUCCUUCAAUGCACUCAUUUUUCCUGAUUUGGACAAACAGGAAAUUAAAACAGACCUUUCUGUCAUUUCUGUGGCAGCCAAGAUGCUCGCUAAAAAUAAAAGGAACUAGGUAG